AUGGAGCUUGAAACCGAGCUUGUAAAGGAAAACAAUAAUGUCUACCAUCCAUCACUUUCAAUAUGUGAGAACUAUACAGAACCCUUUAUGAAAAAUGCCCUUAUUCCCAUUGAGGCUUCUUCACCACAGGGUAAUUAUCUUCAAGAUUUUCACCAUCUUGAUCACUUUCAUUAUGAUCUUGUUAAUGGGUCUUCCUCAAAUCCAAUUUUUUUGCCCCAAACCCCAUCAAUUGAACCCUUUGAAACUUUCUCUUGCGUAAGUUUUAUGAACCUCAAUGGCUUUCAUCAUGAGUACUACAAUCCAUUUGGCCAAGUCACAAAAAAUAAUUUCCUCAGUGGAGAUCAAUACCUGAGGAUUAAUGGUUUUGAUUUAAGUAAUUUCUUACCGUUAAACCGCCAGGAGAUAACGAAGCCUUCGAACUUUGUCGUACCAGAUGAAACUUCAUGCAUAACUGCAGAAAAUGGUUAUUACAAGAAUGUUCAUGUCACAGGCAAGAACAGGAAUAAUUCUUUAGCCAAAAGGAGGGCAUUCAAAGGCCACAAGAAGAUUAAUCCGGUCAAAGGCCAGUGGACAGGAGAAGAAGAUAGGCUUUUGAUCCAACUGGUAGGAGAAUAUGGAGUGAGAAAAUGGUCCCACAUUGCUCAAAUGUUGCCUGGAAGGAUUGGCAAGCAGUGUAGAGAGAGAUGGCAUAAUCACCUUAGGCCUGAUAUCAAGAAAGAUACAUGGAGUGAGGAGGAAGACAAGAUCCUGAUUGAAGCUCAUGCAGAAAUAGGAAACAAGUGGGCAGAGAUUGCGAAGAAAUUGCCUGGGAGGACUGAGAACUCCAUCAAAAAUCACUGGAACGCUACAAAAAGAAGACAAUUCUCCAAGCGAAAAUGUCGCUCCAAGUGCCCUGGAGGAUCUCUUCUUCAAGAUUACAUCAAAAGCUUAAACUUGGGCUCGUCAAGUAGUACAAGACAAUAUCAGAGAAACACUUCUGCUGUUAAUGCCAACGACGACAAUGGAACGACGACAACAAACUCCAUCAAGUCACCAAUUCAUCAUGAUGAUCAGCCUCCAACCUUGGAAGUUCGAAGUUACGAUGAUUUCGAUGAGGACCCGGUUUCUUGCUUUGACAAGAACAUGAUGAUCUUCCAAGACCGCUAUGGUACUAUUGAUUCUCUUCUUGAUGAGAUGAUGACUUGUGAUCCUUUUGGUGCUCAUGAUGAUAAGAAAGGAGUUGUUGUGGACCUGUCCGCAGGGGAUAAUACCCAUCAUCGAGUGAUGGAGGGUGAUGAAGUGGUGAAGAAGGAGAUGGAUUUGGUGGAGAUGAUCUCCCAAGUGAAUGGGGUCAAUGCGUAG